CAUGAAAACAGUGACGAUGUUGUCCAUGUUCCAAAUAGAAAGAGUAUCUGAAAAGGGCAGCCUGUUCACUAGAUCUGUGUUCUUGUGAAGCGUAAUAUCGACAGUGGUUAUACUGUACACGAGUUGGAACUACGUUGGAAAAUGUUUUAAAGUUUAAAGUUCUUAUUGGAUUCCGAUGUUAAGUUUGGAGCAUACCUUAGAACAGGUAGAAAUUACAUUGUCUGCGAUCUAAACUGAAAGUUCAUCUGAAACGAAUUGCAGUUUAUAUUACCAAUGUGAUCUAAUUUUAAAUAAAGUUAUUCGGGUGUCUAUCUUAUUUGAUAUAGUAACUCUAUUAUCUAGUGCAUCUGGAAAGAGUAAAUAAGCUGAAAUUGCUUCUGCACCUCUGCAAUACUAUAGGAUCUAACAUUUGAAUACAGAUAUUCUGUAGGCAAUCUUAUAUGUGACAGUAUCACAGUAACCCUAUUUUCUGCGAUCUAAGCUGAAAUCGUGCUUUUAUAGAGGUGACCAGUUAAUAGUAGGAACUGCACUGGAAAGAAAUAUCUGUAAUGAAGUUUAACAAUAACGUAUUCCGACCAGUUUCUUCAUCUUUAACGCAAAGUGAUUGUGCAAUCUACAAUUCUUGUAUGAAAGACAAGUAAUAGAACACAUGAUAUUAGUAGAAGAUGAUCAGAUACCAGUAGUUAAUUAUAAUGAGUAACGUGUAGAUGGUAAUUAAUUAAUUACGAUGAAGAUAAUCAUUGACAGCGACACGAUAGCCACAGUGAUGUCAGAGACAGAACAAAGAUUAGCAUUGUACAAUGCUUGGUUAAGAUGUAAAGAUAAAAUGAAAGCAGGUUAUAACAUCACAAAUACAAAUGUUACAGAGAAUGGUCUGUAUUGUCCCCCGGUGUUUGAUGACGUACUUUGUUGGGACGCAGCGCCAGCAAAUACGACGGUGUUACAGAGCUGUCCAAGUUACGUCAACGGUUUUAAUAAAAGAGAGUAUGCGAGUAGAAAUUGUAGUGUCAAUGGUACAUGGUAUGUGAACCCUUCCACCAAUGGUGAAUGGACCAACUACACAAGUUGUUUAAACCCAUCACCUCAAUCGCCAGAUUUUGUAUCAAAUUCAGAAGUAGCUAGUAAUCUACAUUUGAUAUACACAAUAGGCUACAGUAUAUCAUUGGCGUUUCUAACAUUAGCUGUCAUUAUUAUGUUCUGUUGCCGAAGAUUGCAGAGUAAAAGUAACGUUUUGCACAUCAACUUGUUCUUCGCCUUCAUCAUUCGUUCAUCAGUCGCCUUUCUUAAAGAUCUCCUGUUUGUAAGGUCCCUUGGUUUAGCUAAAGAUGUGGUACAACUGCCAGACGGCCAUUAUGAAUUUAUACAAGAAGGAACGCAUUGGGAAUGUAAAUUUAUAUUUACAUUAUUUAAUUUUGCUAUCUGUGCUUGUCAUAUGUGGAUAUUUGUAGAAGGUUUAUAUUUAUACAUGUUAAUACAUAAACCUCUCUAUAUUGGGCGUAAAGGUGUUAAUUUCUAUGUGGCUUUAGGAUGGAGUUUACCAGCUAUAAAUAUGAUUCCAUGGAUAGCAGUAAAAGCUUGUCUAGAAAAUACAUUUUGUUGGAACUUUCAGACCAGACCAGAAUAUUUUUGGAUUUUAAAAGGUCCCGGAAUAGCCGUUGUUGUGAUAAAUUUCUUCUUUUUCCUCGACAUAUUUCGAAUUCUGUUCAUUCGAAUUCGAUCACAUCAUCAGCAUAAUGGUACUAAUUACAGAAAGCUUGCUAAAUUCAUACUCGUGUUAAUCCCAUUGUUUGGGAUUAUGUAUAUGGUAUUUUAUGUAGCAUUUCCAUCCGGAUUCCAAGAAAAUGGAUAUAAUGUAAUUUAUCUUUAUAUGGAAAUGACCUAUAAUUCAUUUCAGGGAUUCAUAUUGGCCUUAUUAUUUUGUUUUCUAAAUGAAGAAGUGCAGAAAGAGAUGAAGAGAGUUUGGUAUCGACGGCAAACACGGAAAGGGGAAAAUUUGGCGCUAACUAAACACUCCCUCAUGUCGUCAUGGAAAAAAUCGUCAUUACAAUCAGUGCACACACCUACGUUACGUAAAGGACAAAAAUACAUGGGAGGUUCUCGAGAAAGUUCACCAGAGCUGGUGCUCGAGGAGCAAAAUGUUGACAGAUCAGACGACCUAUUGAAACAUGUGUUGAAGCAUAAUGCUGAUAUGAAAACCAAUGCCGUAUAGUGAAGGAUCAAGGCAUUACAGGGAACUAUUAACGCUGUCUAGUACAGAAACAAAGCAGUUGCGGGAACUGUCUACGCUGUCUAGUACAAACCCAACGCAGUUCAGGGAACUUGUUACGCUGUCCAGAACAAAAUCAACGCAGUUGUGAGAACUAUCCACAUUGUCUGUACAAUAUAAUAUAUAUUUAGUGAAUGCGUGAAGUGAAAAAAAAACCCAAAGCAGUGUAAAUAAUACAAGUUGAAUAUGAACCAAGGCUAUAUCUAAGUACCGCUAAAGAAUCGUACUGAGAAGUUGGAUUAAUUAGACGUAAUCCACGCUUACAAAACUAAAGGUGUCACGUGGAAUUGAAAUAUAUUCAAAGAUAGAGGUGUAAAAAAUAUAUAGAACACAUUGCUCAAAUAUUCCCAUAAUUUUCCGAAUUGAUACAAGAUUUUAUGUGCGAAGAUCACAUAGACAUAUAUGCUAGAAUAGUUAAGUCUCACGAUGUUUUCAGUUCACAAAUUUGACAUGCAGUUGAAGCAUUAAUUGUUGUUUAACCUAGCAAUGAUCAAAUUACGUCUUAUAAUGUCUCAGUUAACUUUGUUGAGAGUACUUGAAUAUUGUUAUAAUGACCAUCUGCCAGAAGAAGUAAUAAUGUUGUUGAAGAUUAGUAAAUUAUAUUUUGUGAAAUGUGGACACCAUCACCCAAUUUAAGAUGUUUAUUAUGGUGGACAAUGUAGCUUGUGUAAAUUAUAUUGUGUUAAAUGUAAAUAAAAUUAAUGAUUAAAUAACACUAUAGAGAGAGAGAGAGAGAGAGAGGGAGAGAGAGACAGAGAGAGAGGGGUGGAGGGUUAACAAGAUGACCCUACUUUUCACGGAUUAGCUUGACUGCUAUACAGAACAAAUUGUAUGUCCGUUAACUUUAUUCAUAUAACCAAGGUUGUUUGGAGCUAUACCUCGUUAACCACACACAUGGUAGCAAUCUAAAACAGUAGUUUGAAUUUCAUUGUUAGCUUUUGGAAUUCUAUUAAUGAGAAAUGAUAGCGGGUGUUCUAAAAUGGUUAAACAUACUCUGUACGACACCCGGUGCUACUUAUAACUGUAGUCAUGAUUCUCAUACAACAUAUAAAAGUUUGUUUAAAUCAUAUACUGGCACACA